AUGAUUAUGAAGUAUAUUUUCAUAUUCAAUGUUACUGUCACGUUUUUCUACAUCGACGAAUUGUGCUUGAGAGCUGCAGGGUGUUUCCAUGUAUCCCUCUCAAGAGAUCGACCCGCUCACAGAAGCAAGCAACCUCCGAAUUUCCUCAGAAUGGUCCGCUUUGCCACUUCAGCCCUGGUAGUCCUGGCAUCGGCCACGCUCAUCGCAGGUUUCCCGUUUUGGGCGAGAGACGACGACGACUCGCCGCCGCAGGUGAAAGCGACCGCAAAUCCCGCAGACGUCAUCAAGCAAAUUAUCGAAGGCAUGAAGGACUUUGGUGGAGAUGGCGACUAG